AUGGAAGAAGCCACUCCGCUCCAUCCGCCGAGCAGGGGCACCCUGUGUGUCACCGGCCACAACCUGCUCUUCUCGGACAGGGAGGAGGGCAGCUGUCGGCAGUUUUUACUGCUUCUGAGGAACAUCGAUGCCAUUGAGAAAAGUGUGGAAAACCUUUCGGGCUAUUCCGGCCUCUUCUCUAAUGCAGGCCGCAGUGAAAGGAUUUCUGGAUCUUCAGGGACCAUUACCAUCAAGUGUAAAGAUCUGCGUGUGCUCCAGCUCGACAUCCCCGGCAUGGAGCAAUGUCUCAACAUUGCACACUCUAUUGAGACCCUGUCCUGCCUGGACUGUGUGUCCGAGAUGUAUCCCUUCUUUCACAGACCCUCUCAUCUCAGCCUGCAGGACCAGUGGGGUCUCUCAUCCCCUGAAGAACAUUACAGUCAAAUGAAGGAGCUUCAUGAUAGGUGGAGAUUGAGCAGUGUGAACAGAGACUACUCAGUGUGUCCCACCUACCCUCCAGCUGUCAUUGUUCCUAGGGAUAUAACUGACGACAUACUGGUGAAAGUGGGCAAAUUCAGACAGGGAGGACGCUUCCCUGUCCUCUGCUACUACCACAGGAAGAAUGGCAUGGUAAUCAUGCGCAGCAGUCAGCCUCUGACGGGAGCCAAUAGGAAGCGCUGCAGGGAAGAUGAGCACCUUCUUCAGGCUGUGAUUGAUGGUUCAGACAAAGGUUACAUUAUUGACACCCGCUCCAGUCAGCAGGCGCAGCAGGCCCGGAUAACAGGCGGAGGCUUUGAGUCCAAAUCGUGCUAUAACUGUUGGAAGAGACUGCACAGGCAUAUGGAAAGGGGUAAAGCACUGCAGGAGAGUCUAAUCAAACUAGUGGAGGCCUGUGGCGAUGAGUCCCACAGUAUGGACCGCUGGCUCAGUAAGCUUGAGAAUUCAAAGUGGCUGUCUCAUGUCCAAACUGCUCUGUCAACUGCUGGCCUGCUGGCAGAGUGUGUGGAGAGGGACGGUCAUUCAGUUCUGGUUCACGGUUCUGAAGGAACAGAUACCACAUUGCUCAUCAGCACUUUGGCUCAGCUCAUCAUGGACCCAUGCUGCCGCACACUGGAGGGUUUCCUGGCUUUGCUGGAGAGGGAGUGGGUACAGGCAGGGCACCCAUUCCAGCAGCGAUGUGCCCACUCAGCCUACUCACAUGCUCGUCUCCAGCACGAGUCCCCAGUCUUCCUACUGCUUUUGGACUGUGUGUGGCAGGUGUGGCGUCAGUUCCCUCUGGCACUGGGCUUCUCUGAGGCGCUGCUCCUGAGGCUGGCUACCGAGGCCUACGCCUCUGACUUCGGCACCUUCCUGUGUAACAGUGAUCAGGAGCGGUGUGUCCUGGGAGUGAAGGAGAGGACGCACUGUUUGUUCCAGGACCUGUUGAGGCCCAGCGACAGAGAUUACUACUCCAACCCGCUUUAUGAGUGCACUGAGCUGGCUAUCUGGCCUUCAGUCCACCCUCAGUCCCUGCAGCUCUGGAGAGGCUUUUUUCUGAGGUGGACCCAACAAGCACGUCACCUUGAAGAAGCUCAGGAGGGAAUAAGGAGCAUGCUGAUUGAGUGGGGGAAGCUGGAACUCAGCUGAUACACACACAGUGUGCAUGAACAUGUGGAAUAUGAUUUAGGGAGGAAUGUUACAAUGUACAAUGCCUUGGAACUGUGGAUAUGUUUUUCAGAAUUCUUAAUAAUAAUCACCUUUAUUUGGUCAAGUGGCAACUUGGGGGUUCAGUGUCUUGCCCAUGGACACUUCGAC